GGGGGGGGGGGGCGCUGCGGCUCGGCUCCCUCCGGCCCCGCGCUGCCCAUGGGGGGCAAGCAGAGCACGGCCGCCCGCUCGCGGGGCCCUUUCCCGGGGGUGUCGACGGAUGACAGCGCCGUGCCGCCGCCGGGGGGGCCGCCCCCCUUCGGCCAUUACCGGGCGGGCGGCGGCGGCGCCAUGGGGCUGCGCAGCCGCUCCGUCAGCUCGGUGGCCGGCAUGGGCAUGGACCCCGCGGCCGCCGGAGCCGUCCCCUUCGGGCUGUACGGCCGAGCGGCGGGGGAGGCCGAGCGGGCCCCGGGCGGCGGAGGGCCGGGGACAGACUCCACGUACGCCCAUGGCAACGGUUACCAGGAGACGGGAGGCGGUCACCAUAGAGACGGGAUGCUCUACCUGGGCGCCCGGGCCUCGCUGGCCGAUGCGCUGCCCCUGCACAUCGCGCCGCGCUGGUUCAGCUCGCACAGCGGUUUCAAGUGCCCCAUUUGCUCCAAAUCCGUGGCUUCUGAUGAGAUGGAAAUGCACUUUAUCAUGUGUCUGAGCAAACCUCGCCUCUCCUAUAACGAUGACGUGCUGACCAAGGACGCUGGCGAGUGCGUGAUCUGCCUGGAGGAGCUGCUGCAGGGGGACACGAUAGCCAGGCUGCCCUGCCUCUGCAUCUAUCACAAGAGCUGUAUAGAUUCCUGGUUUGAAGUGAACAGAUCUUGCCCAGAGCAUCCUUCUGACUGACCUGUUGGGCGUGCUUGCUGACUUCUCUCUAAGGGCACCUUGCUACCUGCUGUACCUCCUCUCCCCGUCCCUCCCACCCGCCUGGACUUUUGGGCUGAUGUUCAAUUCCUCACAGACAGCGAAAACUCAAGAAAAGAUCCAACCAACCAGAAACUUGAACCCACUUGGGACAAGGGCGAAUCUUGUAUUUUAUUUCAGUAUUUUUAUUUUCCGUCUGGUUUUUGGGGGGUGUUUUUUUUUGUUGUUGUUGUUUUUUGGGUGUUUUUUUUUUAAUUCAAAGAUUAGGAAAAACAAAACAAAACCCCACAAAACAACCGACCGACCACAACACCAAACUGUGGGACAGCCAGGAGAGACGGAGUGAGAAGAGCAGAGCCACCAGCUCUCCCUGCAGCCACAAGGAGGGAUCCAGUGCCGAGGGAUCCGCCGUCCUCGGCCCAACGCUGCCAUGAUGUUUGGCUUUUCUCGGCCCAACGCUGCCAUGAUGUUUGGCUUUUCUCCCCGCGUGGAGCGGCGCUGUUGGGGACAGCGGCCAAACGGAGCACGCGGCAACUUGUCACCGGGCUUGCCUGGCGCCCGCAGGCUGCGCUCGGUUUUUGCACUGACUACACAGGAAUUUCCUCCUCUCUCCCAUCUCCCUUUUGGAGAUCUCCAGCCCGGCCCCAGCAGCGCGUGAUGGGGACUCUGCCCCACGCCGGGAGCGGGGCCGCUGCUCUGCCCCUUAGCGGGGUUUGUCUUUCAAGUGUUUACAAUGAGAAAAAAAAAGGAAAAAAAGAAAAAAAAAGAAACAAAAAGAAAAAAUAACCAAGGAAAAAAAAAAACAAAACAACCGAGAUAUUAAAUGAAGCUUCGUGUUGACUGGCGUGUAUUUCAAUUUGAGCUUCCCUGCCCCGGUGAUGUUUACAGACUGGUCACUCUUUAACUCAGCUAUAACCACUCAGAGACUGGACAGCCGCAGCAUCCCUCCUCCUCCCCCCGCCGUUGCCAAAACCUCCCCUUGUUCCCAUCAAACCUUUUGGGGAGGGGACCUGCGGGUCCUCCUUGGGCCUCGCCAGCGGCCGGCAGGUGAGGGCUCCCUGUUUUAUGGCCGCACCCCCGUUCCAGUCCCCUCGUGGCGCAGCGGGCACGUUGUCGUUGGUGAGACCUCCCCUGGCGGUGGCCGUGCCCCCGCACGAAACGUUUCUGUAUUUAUAUAUAUAAAAAAAGGGGGGGAUUGGGGGGGAAACGAGUUCAGAGCUUGGGGGAGCUUCCUUCAUUAGUCAAGGUGUUUUGAUAUGGUAUUAAAACAAUGUUCAAUAAAA